AACCCUAAUGAUCCUAAUGAUACUAGUGAUAUUACUAUGCUAGUAAAUACCGCAGUAGACCUCCUAUCCGAACCUAUUAAUAUAGAUAUCCUCUUAGAUACUUUCCUAACAGAAGAACCAGAAAUCAACCCAACUCUAACCACCACCCCUCCUGAACCAGAAACCAGACAAGAUACUGAAGUUUACCAAAAA